AUGUUCACGACUCGACGAAUUAAGUCCACCUUCCCUCUACUGCUGCUGCUCGUGCUGGUUGCUGCUGCAACGGUUUCUGCAGCGGAUUCAUCCGCCCAACAGAGCACCGCUGGCACCGCACCCCAAAUUCUAGACGCACCUCCCAACUCUGACUCCGACCAUGGCGGCGAUGACGGCGGCUCAAUCUCGGCUCCUGCAAGCGGCUCGGAUGCGCAAGCUAUCAUUGCCGGCUCCGCUCACACAAUGGGGAGUACGGACGAUUCGACCGAGGAAGACGACGAAGCCAAAUCUGGUGGCAAAGGCAACAAUCAACCCGGUGGCGGACACCAUGGUCAAUGCGUUACCGGUUGUGCUACCAAGUCGACCGCAGGCGUAGGAUGCGGCGAUGACCUCAGCAAGCCCGCGUGCUUCUGCAAGAGCGAAAGCUUCAUCGACCAGACUUUCGCCUGCAUCAACGCCACUUGCCCACAGCAAUUCCACGGAGCUGCUGGUGUCAUCACAAGCAUCUGUGGUGUUACUGGAGAGCCUGGAAUCAAGAUCCCUGGCUAUCAGUCUCCAAGCAAUUUGGAAAAUAUGCCCACCAUCAACGACGAUCCUAAGAGCAACGGAACCAACGCAACUUCGCCCCCGGCUCCAGCUUCGGGUGCCCAGGGUGGUGCAGAUAAAGGAAGUGCAGGAACCACGUCGACCUUCGUCAUGCCCGCUGGUAUGCCCACCGGAGCAACCUCGGGCUCGAGCAACAAUGCUAGUGGCACCACUCUCGGUGGCGGAAGCUCCGGUGCGACUAGCGUCAAGCGUGAGGCUGUUGGUGUGGUCAUUGCGAUCAGUGUCAUCGCUGUGACUGCUUCGGCCGGUGUCUGGACGCUCUUCUAG